GCUUUCUUGCCGAGCAGAAGCCAGUUUGGGAAUGCUCCCCUUUUAAAGAAUAACUUUUAAGGCACCACAGCUCCACCUCCUUCUGUGGAAGAGCUCCAGUCAAAGCGAUGCCGGCGGCCCUCUGCUGUGAUUCAAGGGCAGCCUGCUUGUGAAAUCAAAGCCAGGCUUUGCUUGUUUCAGUGGGUGUGUGCACUGAGGUAGGCUGGCUCCUGCUCAUUACAUGGCCCCCAAGAUAAAUUCCAGAAAUCCAGUAAUUGUUGAAACAAGAGUCCUCGGCUCAGCACGAGCAAGUAAAGACACCCUGUGCAUGCCUGAGCAGCUGCCGAUCUCCUUACUGCUCACGCCUCCCUGAGGAUUUACAGCCUGUAGGCACAAGAAAGGACGGAUACAACUUGGAAGCAUCAAGCAGGAAAAGAUCAUACUACCAGGCUCUUGCUUCUCUGGUUAGGUUAGAGGCACUGCGCAACAUGUUUUCUCCCUGAGCCCAUGUCUCCUGGGAAGCUGUAUUCAUGACUGGAUCUUGGCUGCUUGCUCUUCUAACCGAUUGUACACCUUGUCUGUGCAAGGAUGAGUGUGCCCAAGGAAAUGGCUGAGAAAUGCCUGUGGAUGUUUCUGCCGUGGCGUGGAAGCUGGACCCUGCGCAGUCAGGAAGAGAGACAAGAGGAGGAGCGGCAUGUGAGAGCUAAUGACCGCGACUACAAUGACAAGUUUCUAUAUGCAGAAAAUCGCAUCAAAACAUCAAAAUACAACAUCCUAACCUUUCUGCCCAUAAAUCUAUUCGAGCAGUUCCAGAGAGUGGCCAAUGCAUAUUUCUUAUUCCUGCUUUUAUUACAGCUAAUUCCUCAAAUCUCCUCUCUGUCCUGGUUCACCACCAUCGUGCCUCUGGUUCUGGUUUUGACGAUCACAGCUGUGAAAGAUGCCACUGAUGACUAUUUCCGCCAUAAAAGUGAUAAACAGGUCAACAAUCGGCAGUCUCAGGUGCUCAUCAGGGGCAAGCUGCAGAAUGAAAAAUGGAUGAAUGUGCGUGUGGGAGACAUCAUCAAACUGGAGAACAACCAGUUUGUAGCUGCUGACCUGCUCCUCUUGUCCAGUAGUGAACCAUAUGGGCUCUGUUACAUUGAAACAGCAGAGCUGGAUGGGGAAACUAACUUAAAGGUGCGUCAGGCAUUAACGGUGACUUCAGACCUUGGUGCCGAUAUAAGCAAGUUGGCUGCCUUCGAUGGUGAAGUUGUCUGUGAGCCUCCAAAUAACAAGCUGGACAGAUUCAUAGGGACACUCUUCUGGAAAGAUAAUAAGUAUUCUCUCGACAACGAGAAGAUGCUGCUCAGGGGCUGUGUGCUCAGAAACACUGAGUGGUGUUUCGGAAUGGUCAUUUUUGCAGGGCCUCAAACUAAGCUGAUGCAGAACAGUGGGAAGACAAAAUUUAAAAGGACCAGCAUCGACAGGCUGAUGAACACUCUAGUUUUAUGGAUUUUUGGUUUUCUUACAUGCAUGGGAGUAAUCCUUGCCAUUGGGAAUUCGAUCUGGGAAUACAAAGUCGGCAGUAACUUCAGAAUGUAUCUGCCUUGGAAUGAAGUACUGAAUGAUGCUGUGUUCUCUGGCUUCCUAACAUUCUGGUCAUACGUAAUUAUUCUCAACACUGUGGUCCCCAUAUCUCUCUAUGUAAGUGUGGAAGUGAUUCGGCUCGGACACAGCUACUUUAUUAACUGGGACCGGAGGCUGUACUACAGCAGGAGGGACACGCCGGCUGAGGCCCGGACCACCACACUGAACGAGGAGCUGGGCCAGAUCGAGUACAUCUUCUCAGACAAGACCGGGACGCUCACACAGAACAUCAUGGUAUUCAACAAGUGCUCCAUUAAUGGGAAAACAUACGGUGACGUGUAUGAUGAGUUUGGCCACAAAGUAGAGAUCACAGAGAAAACUCAGUCUGUGGACUUUUCCUUCAACCCACUGCGAGACAGGAAGUUCAAGUUUCAUGAUACUAGCUUGAUUGAAGCCAUCAAGCUAGAAGAUCCCACAGUGCAUGAGUUCUUCAGACUGCUUGCCCUUUGUCACACGGUAAUGCCUGAGGAGAAAAAUGAAGGGGAACUCAUGUAUCAAGCACAGUCGCCAGACGAAGGAGCUUUGGUCACAGCAGCUAGGAAUUUUGGAUUUGUCUUUCGGGCAAGAACCCCUGAAACUAUUACAGUUUAUGAAAUGGGAAAGCCUGUGACUUACCAGCUCCUUGCCAUCCUGGACUUCAAUAACAUCAGGAAAAGAAUGAGUGUGAUAGUGAAGAAUCCGAAGGGCCAGAUAAGGCUGUACUCCAAGGGAGCUGACACAAUUCUGUUUGACAGGCUUGACCCCUCCAAUGAGGAGCUCAUGUACACUACCUCCGAGCACCUGAAUGAGUUUGCCGGAGAAGGGCUGAGAACAUUGGCCCUGGCAUACAAAGAUCUCGACGAAGACUACUUUGAGGGGUGGUUAAAGAAGUUACAUUUCGCCAGCACCUCCCUAGAGAACAGAGAGGACUGCCUGGCUGAGCUGUAUGAAGAAAUAGAGCAGGACAUGAUGUUGCUAGGUGCCACAGCAAUAGAAGACAAAUUACAGGAAGGAGUUGCCGCGACCAUCGCUUGUUUAACUCUUUCCAACAUUAAGAUCUGGGUCCUUACAGGAGACAAGCUAGAGACAGCGAUGAACAUAGGCUACUCCUGUAACAUGCUGAGAGAUGACAUGAGUGAGGUGUUCAUUGUGUCUGGGCACACAGCCCUGGAGGUGCAGCAGGAACUCAGGAAAGUUAAAGAGCGGAUUCUUGGGCCAAGUAGGGAUAUUGGAAAUGGUCAUACCAACCUGGAGAAAAAGGAAAUGUUCAGGAACGACUCUGUUUUUGAAGAAACCAUCACUUCUGAGUAUGCAUUGAUCAUCAAUGGAUACAGUUUGGCCCAUGCCCUGGAGGCAGAUCUGGAGCGCAUGUUCCUGGACACGGCCUGCCUGUGCAAGGCGGUGAUCUGCUGCCGUGUCACACCUCUACAGAAGGCCCAGGUGGUGGAACUGGUGAAAAAAUACAAGAGGGCCGUCACUUUAGCCAUAGGGGACGGAGCCAAUGACGUCAGCAUGAUUAAAACAGCCCACAUCGGUGUGGGCAUCAGCGGGCAGGAGGGCAUGCAGGCAGUGCUGGCCAGUGACUACUCCUUCGCCCAGUUCCGAUACCUCCAGAGGCUGCUGCUGGUGCAUGGCAGGUGGUCCUACUUCAGGAUGUGCAACUUCCUCUGCUACUUCUUCUACAAGAACUUUGCCUUCACUCUUGUUCACUUCUGGUUUGGUUUUUUCUGUGGCUUUUCUGCACAGACAGUUUACGAUCAGUGGUUCAUCACCCUGUUCAAUAUAGUGUAUACCUCUCUGCCUGUCCUUGCAAUGGGACUGUUUGACCAGGACGUUAAUGAACAAAGUAGCCUUGAGCACCCAAAGAUGUACGAACCUGGGCAGUUCAAUCUGCUCUUCAACAAGCGCAAGUUCUUCUUGUGCACCCUGCAGGGUAUCUACACUUCCUUCGUGCUCUUCUUCGUCCCGUAUGGAGCUUUUCUGGACACUGUGAGGGACGACGGCGCCCAUAUUUCUGACCAGCAGUCAUUUGCUGUGACCAUUGCAACGUCAUUAGUGAUCGUCGUGAGUGUGCAGAUUGGGCUGGACACAAAUUACUGGACAGCUGUGAAUCACUUUUACAUAUGGGGCAGUGUGGCUGUUUACUUCGCCAUUUUAUUUGCUAUGAACAGUGAUGGCAUUUUUGACAUUUUCCCCAGCCAUUUCCCUUUCAUUGGGACGGCUCGGAACUCGCUGUCCCAAAAGAGCGUGUGGCUGGUCAUUCUCCUCACUACCGUGGUGUGUGUCAUGCCAGUGGUGGCCAUCCGGUUCCUGAGGGUGGAUUUGUAUCCCACGCUGACAGACAAGGUGCGCUACCUGCAGCAGGCCAGCAGGAGGCAGCGGCCCCGAGAGCACAACCUGAAGCGGGUCCGCAGGACCAGCUCCCGCCGCUCCGCCUACGCCUUCUCCCAUCAGGAGGGCUACGGGGAGCUCAUCACCUCGGGGAAGAACAUGAAGGACACCUGGACUAGAAGCCGCAGGAGUCUGCGACACCAUGGCUUGCCUCCUGCGCUGUGUCACCAGCUGCUCUGUGCCCCUGUUCCACCAGGGCGCACUGCCAAAGACGCCUGGAAGAAGAUAUUUCAGGACAUUUCCCGUCUUAUGGAACCAUCAAACUGCUAAAGGGGUUCGCUACACGGACAUCCUGGUUGGAAUCCCCAAAGAGGUGUCAAAGAACGAGAGGAGGGUGGCUGUGUCCCCGGCUGGGGUGCA